UCGUCCAAGCCGGCCAUGUCUUCUCAGCUCUCGUCUUGGAAUCGGACCCUCUGGACCUGCGAGACGAGGCUCUCACGUCCAUUUGCGAGACGCUGAAUCCAUACAUGGCCGAUGUCACAUCUUUCCUUGACGAAACAGAAGAUGUCGAUGCGCUCUGGACGCUCAUCGAGGUGGCAUCCGGCGCCAUUCGCCAUGCCGUCGAGCAUCACCUUGCGCCCGUUUCUCGUCUCUUCACUGGCGUCCUCAGCCAUGUAGCGAUCUCCCACCAACGUUUGACCAAGGUGUCUGCACAAAAAAGCGAAGCGAAGGAGGCGGCUAGCCUGGCUCUCAACACUUCCAUCGAAGCCGCCAGCAAGGCCAACGCCCAAGAGGAGUCGCUCAUCCUCAGGAGCAUUCAGACUGCUCUCCGCCUCUCCUCCCAGCCGCAACAAGAGACAACGGCUAUCGAAGACCCGCUUCAAGGUUCUUUCCAGGAAAAGAAGAAGGUUGCUGGGGGACGUUCGGCCAUGGCCGAUGCGCUUCGUCUUGCAUCUGCCUCUCGACCCUCAUGGACUUCCUGCUGCAGCCUUGAGACGAUCAUCUCGGGCAAGAUUGGCGGCAUUUCAGGCACGAGCAUUCCUGUUGAUCCAGAAAUCUCCAAUCUCCUGCAUUUAUGUGUGGAUCAAUUGACAGAGAUGCACAUCAAAGUCGAAGCGGCAAAGAUGUUGCUCGGUCGGCGGAUCAAAAGCAAAUCUGCGGAUACCACGGAUGACGAGUGCCGAUCGACGUUCUACUUUGAGAUCUUGUACGGCGCUACAAUCGCUUGCGCUACCAUCGCGAGUACACCUCCGACCCUGGGAGGCAGCGAGGCGUAUGCCUCGGUGUGGCGUAGCGCUCUUUGCGGGCUUGUUCCCGAAAUCAUCGCUGCCCUCGAGGCCAAUCUGGAAGAGAGCACUUCGACAUCGGCGCGCCUGUCAAGGGCGUUGCAUGCUCUCCUCGUGGGCGCUUCGCAGGUCAUAGAAGGCUGUGAGGUGGCGAUUGCACAGAGCGAGGAGACGAAAAAGCGAACCGGCGGUGACGAAGACAUGGAGAUGAUGCUCGACGCAUUCAUUGGCUCCGACACGCCACCAAGGCAAGCCGUUCGAGCUGCCCUGCUGCGCUCUCUCGUCGAGCUCAAGCUCAUCGAGGACGGUGCUUGGAAGUCAAUCCCCGGAGCCGAGAGCGUCAAUGAGGACUGGCAGCUCCUCUCGUUGUCCUUCCAGGGAGAGGUGUAUGGCACAGAUCAGUCGCUCGAGACCCUCAUCGAGCAGAGACUCAGCGGAGGCGAUGACGUGCAAGAUCUCUUUGACCGGAUUGUCUCCGACUAUGCGGCCCAGGAGGUUUUUGCCACUACCUUGCUUCGCCUCCUCGAGGACUGGACCGACCUUGAGCCCCUGUCGCGCAUCUGCAGAGCUCUGACGGCCAGUCCGACGGCUCUCGAGGUUCUGCUCCUCUACAUCAGUCCUUCGCAACUUCUCCACCCUUUUGCUACGGUCUUGAUUAGGGACGACCUCGCCGAGAGUGGCGACGAGCCGUCGGUGCUGGCCUCCAUCCUCCUCUUCACGCAGGCAAUCGUUCAGCGAGGCCUUCUGGCUGGGUACCAGGUCGAAGAUCUCCUCGGCACCGAAGACCACUUCCUCUCCACCUUCACUCGGUCCUCGUCUGCCGUCUGGAGCUUGUCGUCACUCGAUGCUAGUGAGCAGAACCUCAUUUCACGCUGGGUGACGGCCCUCUACGACAGCGACGGAAUUUCGGACGAGCUGAUCCGAGAUUCCUCGCCCCAAUUCCUCCUGCGUAUGGCCCCCACGCUCCUUUCCCAAUCGGUCCACGCCUGCAUCUCUGGCGUCAUUGACAUGGACACGCUCCGAGGCGGUCUCUCCUACUUUCUUCAGGACCUGCUCAGCUUCACUCUGCCUGGCGCUCUUCGAUGGCUCGUCUCGGACAUCGAGCUGAUCACCUCGUCUAGCCUGGAAGGGCCGUUUACCCCUUCCAAGGCGCUCAGCGUGCGAUUCGAUGUCUUGACGACAUUCAUCCUAGCAGAGAGCUGUCCGUCCACUGUCCUCAGGCUCGUGUCCAGCGACCUGCAAGCGCUUCUAUCUCGACUCGCGCUCAAGAACAAGGCGAGCACGGACUUGUCGUCGUCGGACAACACCCAAGCGAGACUACAGCAGCAAUGGAUGACGCCGGAGCUCUCCUCUCUCAAGGCAAAGGUCGAAUCCGAGGUGAAGACGCUGCCGCUGCAGCGCACGUCGCUGUGGAUCCGAGCGGGUCCCCACCAGCAAGGCUCUCACCACCAGGACCUGCAGCAGCACCACCAACAGCAGCAGCAGCAGCAGCGACACCCACAAUCUUCUUCCACGCCGCAAUCGCUCCUUCAGCCUCCCCCACCGCCGUUUGACUCAAUGUUUGGGUUAUACCAGGGCCUGCUGCACGCCACACGCGUCCGAGGCGUUGCGAGCGUCGUCAAGCGGCUCGUCAAAGCCGUCGAUGCCCAACACCCGCAAGGUGCGCCCAUGCCGCGGCCGCCGCCGCCGCCCGCAGCAGCGACCAUGGCAAUCGAAAAGGCGGCCGCCGGCCAGGGUGUGGACAGCGAGCGGUCUAUGGCGAUGCAGGGCGACACGCAGGCACAGAAUGGUGGCGAGGAAGAGGAAGAGAGGGAAGCGCCGAGGAGGAACAGAAGAAGAGCAGCGUGCGAAGUCGCGCGGGCUGUCGAGAAGCUGUUGGCGCUUCGGCUCAGAAGGGGCAUCAAGGGCCGAGAGAGAGCGAGGGCCCUCUUGGCGACCUUUCUUGGGGCGAAGGAAGAGGGAGAGGAAAAGGGCCCCGUGGAGCUUGUCUUUGCAAAGGCGCUCGAGCAGGGCAGACGAGUAGCAGUUUCGUAGAGGUGACCACAAUCGAUGAAGUCAGUUCUUAGUAGCCGGUGUUGUCAUGCGAUGCCUGGGUACGCUGGUGUGUACUCAAAAAGGCGACUCUUCUUUGU